GAGCCAGUAACCACACGCGGCUCAAUCACGACAUUUAUUCGGCGUCCACUAUGCAUCAUCUCAACACUCUCGGUGUAAGGACGCCCAAACACAGUAGACCGUACUGUAAAUACUACACGUGCCCCAUCCACUCUACCUUACAGGAUUCUUUCCGCAAAUAACAUGGGUUAAGAGGAGGAUGUCUGGAUAAUUCAUUUCAACACUUUGCAAGGAUGGGGACUCGGAUAUUGUUUUUUGGCAGAGGCAUUUUGACAAAGACGAAGAGAGAAAUCAAAGAAGGGCUUUAAUAUCAUCCCUCUACUCUUUCAUUUCCUUUCCUUCUUUUCUUUUUGAGAGAUGAUCGCAGAGUUGGUGUGCAGCGCCGUGGCACUGCUCCUGUAUGUCAACACACUGGACGCCGAUUUCUGCUACGAUGACAGCCGUGCUAUCAAGACCAACCAGGACCUUCUCCCUGAAACGCCUUGGAUCAACAUCUUCUACGAUGACUUCUGGGGAACACUUCUCACCCACAGCGGUAGCCAUAAGUCCUAUCGCCCACUCUGCACGCUCUCCUUUCGACUCAACUAUGCCCUGGGUGCCUUAGAUCCCUGGGGUUACCACCUGGUCAAUGUGGUUCUACACUGCGCGACGACUGCCCUGUUCUCUAGCCUCUCAAGCCUGCUGCUGGGGUCGGGUUGCUGGAGCCUGCUGGCUGGGCUUCUCUUUGCCGCUCACCCCAUCCAUACCGAGGCCGUGGCGGGCAUCGUGGGCCGAGCCGACGUGGGAGCCGCCCUCUUCUUCCUUCUGGCCCUGCGCUGCUACAUAUGCCACUGUACCCCGAGGACGAGCGGAGCCCACGGGCGAAGCUGGACGUGGUUCUUGGGCACCUUGGCAUGUGCUUCCUUCAGCAUGCUCUGGAAGGAACAAGGCGUGACGGUGCUGGCUGUGGCUGCCAUGUAUGAUGUGUUUGUCUUCCACAGGUUUAAGCUGCAGCAGGUUCCUGCUCUCUUCCAGAAGAAGAAGAACCUGCACCUGCUGUUGAGCGUGUUCCUGCUGGGCUUCUGGGGCAUCAUCCUUCUGGCUUGCCGUCUUUACUGGAUGGGCAACAAACCUCCAAACUUCUCCAACUCGGACAACCCUGCAGCAGAUUGUCCCUGUUUCCUGACUAGAACGCUAACGUUCUUUUUCCUUCCCGCCAUGAACGUUUGGCUCCUCCUGUGCCCUGACAUGCUAAGUUUUGAUUGGUCAAUGGAUGCCCUGCCUCUUCUGAGGAGCAUUGCAGAUUGGCGAAACCUCCACACCGUUGCCUUCUACGUCUCGCUUCUGACGCUGGCGUGGUUUGGUCUUCGCCAAACCCCCAAAAGUAAGGAGACCAACGGAAAAGCCCAUAAUGUAGCAAACGGGAAGUCCACGAACGGACACAGUUGUAGCUCUGAUUAUGAAAACUCGACUUUUUACUCAAACUCAGUGCACGUGAAUGGAACAAACGGCACUGCAAAACACUAUUCGUCAUCUUUACCCACCACAGAGAGUUUGGUGGUCUUCUCAUUGGGUCUACUGGCCAUUCCCUUUCUGCCUGCCACCAACCUGUUCUUCUAUGUGGGCUUCGUGGUGGCAGAACGAGUACUGUACAUCCCUAGUAUGGGCUUCUGCCUGUUGGUAGCAGUGGGGAUGAGAGCUUUAUACAUUCGAUUGAGGAGAAAGUCCUCUAGAACUUUGGUUCUAGGCUGCUCUGCUGCCCUGGUCCUUCUCUUUGGGAUUAAGACAGUGUUGAGGAACCGUGACUGGCAGAACGAGGAGAUGCUAUACAAGUCAGGAAUAUCUGUGAACCCUGCUAAAGCCUGGGGUAACUUGGGAAAUGUCCUCAAGAACCAGGGAAAAGUGGCGGAGGCCGAGCGAGCCUACAGGAAUGCUCUGUACUACCGGAGGAACAUGGCUGACAUGUUGUAUAACCUGGGUCUGUUGCUCCAAGAAAACAAUAGAUUCUCAGAGGCUCUCCACUACUAUAAGCUGGCCAUUGGAAGCAGGCCAACGCUGGCUUCCGCCUACUUGAACACAGGAAUUGUCCUGAUGAACCAGGGCCGUCUAGAGGAGGCCAAGCGAACUUUUGUCACUUGUGCCGAUAUCCCAGAUGAAAACCUGAAGGAUCCUCAUGCACACAAGAGCUCAGUCACCAGCUGCCUGUAUAACCUCGGAAAGCUUCUUCAUGAACAGGGUCACCAAGAGCCAUAUCGAGAUAAAAUGUUGGUAUAUAAAGAAGCGUUAAAUUUCGAGAAAAAAGUCGAGAUAAAAUUCGAGAUAAAAUGUUGAGAAUAAAGUCUUUAUAAUAUGAUGGGAGAGGCCUACAUGAGGCUGAACAAACUGACAGAGGCAGAACACUGGUAUAAGGAAUCUCUCCGAUCCAAACCAGACCAUAUACCUGCACACCUCACUUACGGCAAGCUCCUGGCUAUGACGGGUCAGAAAACCGAAGCGGAGAAGUUCUUUCUCAAGGCGAUCGAGCUCGAUCCUACUAAAGGAAACUGCUAUAUGCAUUAUGGUCAGUUCUUGCUGGAGGAGUCGCGGCUUUUGGAGGCUGCCGAAAUGGCGGAGAAAGCCGCCCAGUUGGACAGUGAAGAAUUUGAUGUGGUUUUCAGUGCAGCUCACAUGCUCAGGCAAGCCAGCCUCAAUGAUGCCGCUGAGAAGUACUACGGACAAGCAGCCAGCCUGAGACCUAAUUAUCCCGCAGCCCUCAUGAACCUUGGAGCUAUUCUCCAUCUCAACGGCAAACUCCAAGAAGCGGAGGCCAAUUACCUGCGAGCCUUGCAGCUGAAGCCGGACGACACCAUCACUCAGUCCAACCUUCGAAAGCUGUGGAACAUCAUGGAAAAACAGGGCUUAAGGACCUUGGCUCCUUGACUUGGACACAUUUGAUCGAGAACCUUCUCUGAGGUUGUAAAGAUGUUCUCUCUGAGCUCUCAGUAAUGAGGUAAUCGACAUCCUAGGGCUGACAAAGAACGUCUACAAAACCUGGGUUACCUCAUGGGACGCUUUAACGUGAGAGCGACUUCGUCUGGUAAAACGAAGACAUUAUGGAACAAUCUAGAACUGCGGAGCUCCUCAGACGUGUCGGGAGUCCUUAACUUGAAGCGGCCCAUAGAUACAUACUUGAAGUCUCAUGAUAGAUUAGAUGUUAAUUAGUUAGUCAAUGCUUAAAAGUCUUGAAGGGCAAUAUUUGCCCUGAGACUGAGAAGGAAUUGAGAGUGCUACAACCCCCAUGAGGCUAUACUCUGCAUGUACAGUACAUUUAAAUGUCAUCUCUCCAUUCAUAUGAUUGGAAUCAUUAAUAUUUAAUGAGCACAUCAUGGCUGAUGGAAACGUGUGGAUGCAAAAACAAUUCAUAUCGUCUAAACAUCAUCAAAAUAAUUAGCCCAAACAUGUCAUAAGUCUUUCUAACUGUAAAAAAACAAACACCCAUUGUGUCAAAAUCAUUGGUUUGUGAGGUUGUAGACUUAAUGACACUGUACAUAUGAGCACAGAUGAUAUGUGAAGUUUGGUUUGGGAUGCAGAAUUUUUAGCGUAUGCUUUUACACGUUCCGUCAACGUUUUAUCAGUCCAGACGUGACACGCCCACGACACAAGAUAACUAGCGGUCGGUAACUUCGGGGAUCAAGAAAUUGGAUCCAUUUGCUGCAUCUUGCCAAAAAUGACAGGAAAGGAACAUUCGAUAAGCUAUGUAGCCUGAAGGAAAUUAGCGAAUUGAAUUUGCAAGCUUUGCCUUACUUUGCAAAAAAACUGUUCUGUUACAGAAAGAUUCAGCGAAUUUGAUUUCCUUGUUGCGUUACUAAUUAAAUUCAUUUGUUAGAAUAUCACGUUUAGCAGAGUGUGUAUAUUCACAGUUACACAACCAUUCUAAAGUUUGUGGAAAGUACGUUUUCUUUCUUCAAAAGUGACAGUAAAGACAUUUAUAAUGUUACAAGUGAUAUCAAAUAAAUGCUGUUCUUUUGAACUUUCUAUUCACAGUAAUUUGAGCACCAAAUCAGCAUAGUAGAAUGAUUUUUGAAGGA